AUGCCGUUGGACUUCAGCACACCGCAUUCUCGGAUAGAACUGGGGACCUUUAUCUUGACUGCCAUCUCUUUCUUCUUCAACUUCUUUGCGUUGCUCACCCCCAAUUGGCAUGUAAGUCGAAUCGUUCGUUUAGGAAAGUAAAAACGUGGCAAAAAAAGUAAACAAAAAUGUUUGGAGGUAACUCGGAAAAAGGUUUGAAGGGUUUGAAGUUAGGCUUGACGCAAAAACAAAAAGUAAUUAGUGACAAAAAAACUGAGAAGAAGCCGUUUUGCUCGCGCUUUGCAGAAACUACCUUGAUUUUUUCGUUAAUUUUUUAAAGCUGUCAAAAACUCUAAACUAUUUUGCGUUUUGUUUGGUCUAAUAUUUGCGGCUUAUUUUUACAAAAAAUUUCAAAAAACUGUUUUCCAGGUCGCCGAAGACCUCGACGCCCACCGAGAUGUCCAAUCCGGUCUUUGGCAAUACUGCCAAGGCGGCCAAAGUUGUUGGUACAUUUUCUCGGACGAUUUGGUCAAUUACUACGAACGAGCCGACAUUUGUCGUUUUCUUUUGAUUUACGAUUGCCGUAAGAAGCUUCUGAGGACUCCGUAUUUCUUCGGCUGGCAUUAUGCAGUCCUGAUUAUGAUGAUUAUUGCUGUUGUGGGAACCGCGAUAGCGUUGGCGAUUGGAAUAUUGGGGCAUUUCAAAGAGCAUUGGAGGAAAGUGGCUAACAUUGUGGUGGUCAGCUUGCUGGCUUUGGCUGGUAAGUGGAAUGUUAAGUUUGGAAAUCUGCAGCAAGUUUUAUAGGGAUUGUUUUUCCCAUUUCUGUAAGAGAUUUUAAUAAUCAAGCUUAAAAUUUAUGGCUAAUAAUUUUUUUCAUUUUGCUAUUGUCAUCAUAUAAAAAGAACUAAAAAAAAGCGUAUUUUAAAAGAAGUUUUCAAAUCUCUUUUUCAGUUCUGAUCGAAGGAAUUGGCCUCGCCGUCUUCAUGAUCAACGGCGAAAUGUUGGAAUCGCGCUAUUUGAUCGGGAUUAAAAACACUUUCGAAAAACAUUAUGGUUAUUCCUUCUACCUGGCCUUUUUCGGCUGUACGAUCCUUAUGUUUGCCAUGUUUGCUGCUCUGUUCGCUGCUUCGUAUCCAUUAUUUUUCAACGAAGAUGAUCAUGACCUUUCUUCGUCCGUUGAUCCCGCUAAAUAUGUGUUAGAGCCCAACGGAAGGCUUGUCUCGCAAGCCGAAUACAACUACAAUGCUGCGAGAAAUGCAGCGUUGGGCACGACGAUUCCGGCGCAGAGGCAAUCGCCUCCUCAAUAUUCACCGGGAUAUCAGCCAAGUUUGGUGUCGGGACAAACAAGGACGUUUUUGAGCUAUUGA